AUGGCGAUCAUUGGACACAUUCACUUUGUAAUUAUCGAUGUCAACAAUAAGUCAUUGUACACAACAGCCGAACCGUCAUUCGUCUACACGACAGGGAAAGUGGACCGAGGGAUCGACAGCCCCGACCGCGAUGCAGAUCGGAUGAUAUCAGAACUGAAAUUGUCGAGUAGAGAUGUAAGGAGUGCGAAGAGAGUUACCACUGUAGAAUUGACUUCAGGCAGUGCUGCGAUCCGACCAUCAAACCCCGGAGACUCUGCCCUUCUAUUUCCGUUCGAAGAGUCUGCUUCCAUCCGAUGGUUCUCUGUGGCUUUGCAUCGGAUUUCCCUCAAUGCUGUUUUCUACCGAGCAAGAGGCUGA